AUGGUAACCAGGGCAGACAUAGAAAUAAGAUCGCCCUCUUCCGGACUAUGUGUUGUGGAGGUGGGGCCAGAGCGGGCGGAGGCUCGGGUAAGAACAGGAAAGAGCAGUUUUUUAGGUUGUUUAUUAGGUUUUGUGGCUGUAAGCGGUUUCUUAGAGAGGCCCCUUUGCGAAUAUAACGCGGGACGAACUGGUUGGGAGACAACUAAUUUUUGGAGAUGGCGGCCGGUACUCACCAGGGACGACGACCUCCGUGAGCGGCGAAAGGCGUCUCCUAUUGUUUCAUCAAGAAGGGGUCUGCGCAGACGAUAUCUCACUCGGGGGUCCGCCUGUGAAGGAUCUGCACCUCUGGCCCCACGUUGGGCGCCACUUGUCCCGUCCAGCGGGGUCCCUUCAUCGCUGAAGUGCCUUGUGAAAUACAGUCCAGAGAAAGCCUUGUCGCAGCAGCACUACCAGGCUGGAGCCACACUCCAUGCACAGAAGGCCCUGAUUUCUCAGCUACUUCUGGCCUCAGAGAUACUGGUCCUGACUCUCCCAGCCCACAGCCUCUGCCUCCCUAUCAGUAUAGAGACACUGGGAGGGGAAUGCAUUGCAAAAGAGAGGGAUCCUUUAGAGUUCGGGGACCUGGGAGCCCUGGUGCAGGCCCUAGUGGCCCAUCUGGGGCACUGUCGCAUUGCAUGAGACCUGCAGCUACUGUUUCUGCAGCAUAUGUGGCUAGGCUCUAAUGGCCAGGCCCCAGUUGUGGAGUAUCCUGUAUGCCUGGUGUGUGUCCGCUCCUUUGGCCCCUCUUGCCCUGUCCCCAGUUACAGGACUGAACCUUGGCUGCUUGCCUUUCAUGCAUGGGGCCAGGAAUGCAGGCCCCUCCGCAUAGGCAUUGACUUUGGCCUCCAUCUCUCUCGGGGCCAGGCCACAGCCAUGCAUCUGUUGCCAGAAAGAAGGCCAGAGGAAGAAGGGCCUCAGGGUAAGGCCACUCAGGCCCAUGCGUGUCAAACGCAUGCAUCUCAGUCCCCAGUGGUUCAAGCCUCAGUGGCUCAGACCAGGGCAGAUCCAGCCCCAGGCACACCUUUCCAGACAGGGAGCCUCAGGUCUGUAAGCCCUCUCUCACCAAAUUCCACAGGCUUUUCAGGGCCUCCUCCUCAGGAACCAAAGGAAGCCACUGUCUCCCUGAAGCCCAGGCCUUCCUCUGCCUGAAGAGGCCCACUUCUCCAGAGUAGCCACCCUAGUUCCAGAGCCAAGGAAGCUCCCUGGAGCACCUCCUCUGAACCCUACCAUCUCUAUUAGGCCCCAGGUCUCAGGGAGCCCUCGAGACACCGUGAUGGGCUGGCUGACUGGAGGUCAGGCAUGUUCUCCAGCCUUGAUCCCUGGGAGCCCCUUAUGGAGUCUGCUCUCUCCUAGCUGAAGAGGACCAGGGGCCCCUGGACUCCUGGGCCCCCAUUCAGUGUAUCCAAUAAAGCCUGCCACUGCAAAACUUGUGGUUGUGUCCUACUGAGCAGACACAGUGGGUGGCUGUACCUACAGAGGGCCAGAACCCAAAAAGGGGUUGGGGAGAGUCAGACAAAACACACUGGGCAGAAAAAGUGGAUGCCUUGUAACUGAGGAGGGCAUGGGACCCACAAGGCCUGAGCACCUGAGAUGUGCAGAAGGCUCUGCUAGGCCCUGCACACAUUUAAUUGCAUUUGGUGGGGCAGAUAAUGGCAUCCCCAAAGAUGAAGCCACUGGGCCCCUUUCUCUGGGUACACCUUAGGUUAACGAGGAUGCAACCUGACCCAGUCAGGGGAGUGAUAGAUGUCUCCUUGCAGGGAAGAGCAUGCCUAGCCUUCAGUGGCAGAGAAACAUGGGGUCUUUACAUUGGAGGUCAGAAACCCAAAGGCCCCCACAGGUAGCUGGGAUGUCAGGCAGAGACAAGACCAGCCCUGCCUGGGAGCCAAGUUGCCUCUCACUGAUGGUGUCAGAGGGAAGCAGCCCCCACCCACAAACCCUCAGGAACAGGAGCCCAUUCGUGGAGCUACUAGAAUGGCCAACGUCCACCUCUGCCCACCACAGAGGACAGGUGUUUUAUUAAGCUAAAUAGUGGUUUCCUCAUACCAGUAAACGGUGGAUUCGAGAUUUGAAGCCAGGAUUGUUUUAAACGUCACGCGGCCUCUGUUAACAGACAAGAGAUGUAGAUCACUUCCUCUCCGGGGUAAAAUGUAAAGGCUGCGCUUAAGUGUGGACAGCCCUAAUCCAAAGAUUUCUUUAUUAAAGUUUUAUUAACUACCCUUAACCUUCAUUAGUUACCCUCCUCCUCCAGUCACCAUAGACCCACCCCUGGAGUGGGGGGAACGACCCUCCUCCGCCCCUCACAAAGAU